CAGAAAACAAAAUUGUAAUCUACAAGUAGAAUAAGGAGGCCAUGAAAAUGUCUGCCAUUAAAAAAGCUGAAUUCUGAAAAAAAAAAGAAAAAAAACAGAUUUUGCAGAAGUACAAUAGCAUUAUACUUAAUGUGGUGAAUUUUAUAUAUUUCGAAAUGUUCCAUGCAGCAAAUAAGGUUCUAAAAAAAUCACCCAGUCAAAUCAGUAAGAAGAAGCUUACUGAUGAAGAAAUCAGGGAACUUCAACAGGAAUUGACAACACAAGAUCAUAUGAUUCCUUUGGAACAGUUAUGUAAGAAAUUAAAUACCAAUGUAGUUACUGGUCUAACUAAAGAAGAGGCAACCAAAGUUUUUCUUGAAGUGGGUCCAAAUGCUUUGACACCACCAAAAGUAAUUCCGGAAUAUAUCAAAUUUAUAAAGUGUAUGUUUCAUGGAUUCGCUGGUUUGUUGUGGGUCUGUUCAUUAUUAUGCUAUAUUUUGUAUGGAAUUAGCAUGGCGACAGAAGGUGAGGGUGGUGGCACAGAAUGGUUAGGACUUAUUAUUAUGCUAAUCUGCCUAUUUUCUGGUUUUUGCUCGUAUAUACAAGAGAGCAAAAAUAUAAAGGUGAUGGAAUCUUUUCAAAAAAUGGUACCAACUUUUGCUAUGGUAAUACGGGAAGGUGUUAAAAUGCGGAUUCCAGCUGAAGACAUAGUCCCAGGCGAUUUAGUGGAAAUUAAAACUGGCGAUAAAAUACCAGGCGAUAUCAGGAUUAUCGAAUGUCAAGGACUUCGAGUUGAAAAUUCGAGUAUCACUGGUGAAAGCGAACCAGUACCUCGUACAGACUAUCCUACCGACGAGAAUCCCUUAGAAUCCUCUAAUGUUGCCUUCUUUUCCUCUUUUGCUGUGGAUGGCACUGGUGUUGGAAUUGUAAUGACUACUGGUGACCAAACAAUGAUAGGUCGUCUUGCUGGACUUACAACAUACCUUGAAAAAUCCGAAACUCCCAUAGCCAAAGAGAUCAAACAUUUUGUUCAAAUAAUCAUCACUAUUGCUGUAUUAUUUGGGGUAUUAUUCUUUGGCUUAUCAUUGUUACUUACUCCCAACAUAGUGAAAGCAUCCACUUAUUUACUUGGCAUCAUCAUAGCCAACGUGCCAGAAGUUUUAUUGGUAACUGUUACUACAAGUUUGACAUUAACAGCCCAGAAAAUGGCUAACAAGAAUUGUUUGGUUAAGAAUUUAGAAGCAGUGGAAACAUUGGGAUCCACAUCGAUUAUAUGUUCAGAUAAGACAGGCACUCUUACACAAAACAGGAUGACUGUGUCCAAUUUAUGGGUUGGCUUCACCAGAUAUAAUUGUCCCCCUGAUCAGAUGUUAGGUAUUGAGAAAACUUUACUAAUGGAGAAACCAGCUUUCCAAGUGAUACUCAAGAAUGCUACGCUUUGUUUACGGGCAGAAUUCACCAGUGAAUCUAUCUUACUGAAACCAAUCGAGGAACGAAAUGUGAUUGGUGAUGCUUCUGAAACAGGUAUCCUCAAAUUCUGCGAGCACAUCCACCCAACGGAGCCAUUCCGAGAUAUGUAUCCAAAAGUUGCAGAAAUUCCUUUUAGCUCUAUAAAUAAGUAUCACAUGUCGAUACACAGAGACAACAAUGGAUAUAUUAUAAUCCUGAAAGGUGCUCCAGAGGUGAUCUUGGAGAAGUGCACUCACAUACUGACUACGGAAGGAGAAACAAAAGAAAUGACACCAUUAGACCACUCAACAUGUCGACAAGCUUGUGAAGAAUUAGGCUACCUGGGUGAACGUGUGUUAGCAUACUGUGAUCUUCAUCUGCCCAGUUAUACUUAUGGUCUAAACUAUGAGUUUAACACUGAUUCUCCAAGUUCAUACAAUUUUCCUAAUGAAGGUUACAGAUUCGUUGGAUUAAUAAGUCUCUUAGAUCCACCAAGACCAGCUGUUCCUGAAGCUGUGAGAAAAUGUCGCACAGCUGGUAUCAAAGUGAUCAUGGUAACGGGCGACCAUCCGGUAACUGCAAUGGCUAUAGCGAAGAAGGUCGGUAUAAUAAGUGAAGAACACGAAACUAGUUACGAGCGUAAGUUAAUACAGAGCAAAUCGUAUUCUCAAAUAACCAAUUCUGACGAACACGCGACUAUCAUUACCGGUUGCGAAUUACGGAAUAUGGACACUAUAGAAUUAGAUGACCUUAUAAAGAAGUACCAAGAGAUCGUUUUCGCAAGAACAUCUCCGCAACAAAAACUAUAUAUUGUGGAAAGUUGCCAGCGAUUGGGUGAAAUUGUCGCAGUGACUGGCGAUGGCGUAAAUGAUUCACCAGCAUUAAGAAAAGCAGAUAUUGGCGUGGCUAUGGGUAUUACUGGUUCUGAUGUAGCGAAAAAUGCAGCCGAUAUGAUCCUGAUGGACGAUAACUUUGCAUCGAUUGUGACUGGUAUCGAAGAAGGUAGAUUGAUAUUUGACAAUCUUAAGAAAUCCAUUGUUUAUACUUUGACGUCUAGUGUGCCUGAAAUGUUGCCAAUGUUGAGCAGUAUUCUAUUCGUCAUUCCUUUACCCUUUAUUCUUGAGAUGAUCCUCUGCAUAGAUAUAGGAACGGAUUUACUUCCUGCUAUAGCAUUAGCAUAUGAAAAAGCCGAAUCCGAUAUCAUGUAUCGGCCACCGAGGAAUCCUCAAUAUGAUCAACUUGUAAACAAACGUUUAAUAUCUGUAGCCUAUGGUCAGAUUGGAAUGACUCAAUCUUUAGCUGCAUUUUACACUUUUUUCUUAAUUCUUAUGUUAAAUGGAUUUUUACCUGAUCGUUUGGUAGGAUUAAGAUUAGAUUGGGAAAAUAAGUCAAUUAACGACUUGCAAGAUUCUUAUGGUCAAACUUGGACCUAUGAUACUAGAAUGGAUUUAUUAAAUGAAGCUCGUACCGGAUAUUUCUUAACUAUCGUUAUAACACAACUUAUAGAUUUGAUAAUGUGUAAAACGAGAGUUAACUCGAUUCUACAGCAAGGAAUGGAUAAUUGGUUUUUAAAUUUUGCCUUUAUUUUCGAAAUUAUCUUAACUGGUAUAUUGCUAUAUGUGCCAGGAACUGAGAAGAUAUUUAAAACCAUGCCAUUGAGUUCUUAUUGGUACUGGCCAUGUCUACCACUUGGUGCAUUUCUUUGGAUAUAUGACGAAUUAAGAAGACUAUGUAUUCGGAAGAUUCCUGGUGGAAUUAUAGAACAGGAAACUUACUACUGAAUAUUUGUCUAAAGUUCAUAACUAAUGUUGAAGUAUUUCAAUUAAUGAUGUCAUCAUGGUUUUGUUUAUGGAAUGCUAUCAAUAAGUAUAAAAGCGAAAAUUGUAUCCUUGAGCAAAAUAGGGUAGAAUAACGAAGAGUGAGUGU